CAGCGAAUCUGAAAUCCUGCACCACGACAAACAAUACGAGCCCUUUUACUCUUCCUUCGUUGCCCUUUCUACGCAUUACAUCACGACUGUGUGCGGUCUCAUACCAAGAAACCAGCUGCAGUCAGUGGCAGCUGCGUGUAAAGUUCUCAUUGAAUUCUCCCUGCUGCGGCUCGAGAACCCGGACGAAGCAUGUGCUGUUUCGCAGAAACACCUGAUUCUGUUGAUAAAGGGGUUGUGCACAGGCUGCAGCCGUCUGGAUCGGACCGAAAUCAUUACUUUCACAGCAAUGAUGAAAUCAGCCAAGCUGCCUCAGACCGUCAAAACCCUCUCUGAUGUAGAGGACCAGAAGGAGCUGGCCUCGCCGGUGAGCCCGGAGCUAAGACAGAAGGAAGUGCAGAUGAACUUCCUGAAUCAGCUGACAUCAGUGUUUAAUCCCAGAGUGUCGUCGUCGUCGUCAGCCACGCCGGAGACACAGGUGGAAGGAGAAAAUGAAGACCAGGCUUCCACUGAUCAAACCUCUGCUGCAAAGACAAAAAGCAUCUUCAUUGCUCAGAACGUAGCCAGCCUGCAAGAACUUGGUGGCUCUGAAAAGCUUCUGAGAGUGUGCCUAAACCUGCCGUACUUCCUGCGAUACAUCAAUCGCUUCCAAGAUGCCGUGUCGGCCAACUCGUUUUUCAUUAUGCCAGCCACGGUGGCAGAUGCCACCGCCGUUCGCAACGGAUUUCAUUCGCUGGUGAUAGAUGUGACCAUGGCACUGGAUACCCUGUCUCUGCCUGUACUGGAGCCCCUGACACCCACACGUCUCCAAGAUGUGACUGUUCUUGCUCUUAGCUGUCUCUAUGCAGGUGUGAGCGUGGCAACCUGCAUGGCCAUCCUGCACGUGGGUAGCACUCAGCAGGUACGAACUGGGUCAACAAGUUCCAAAGAGGAAGAUUAUGAAAAUGAUGCUGCCACUAUUGUACAGAAAUGUCUUGAAAUCUAUGAAAUGAUUGGACAAGCCAUCAGCAAUUCACGCCGUGCAGGCGGUGAGCAUUAUCAGAACUUCCAGCUGCUUGGGGCUUGGUGUUUGCUAAACAGCCUCUUCCUCAUCUUGAACCUCAGCCCCACGGCCUUGGCUGAUAAGGGAAAGGAGAAAGAUCCACUGGCAGCUUUACGUGUCAGAGACAUUAUUGCUCGCACUAAGGAGGGAGUUGGGUCUCCCAAACUAGGACCUGGGAAAGGACAUCAAGGGUUUGGUGUUCUCUCAGUGGUGCUAGCAAAUCAUGCCAUCAAACUGUUAUCAUCACUCUUUCAGGAUCUGCAAGUGGAGGCAUUACACAAGGGCUGGGAGAGUGACGGUCCCCCCGCAGUGCUGGAUAUCAUGGCACAAAGCACAUCGAUUCAGAGAAUCCAGCGGCUGAUAGAUUCUGUACCGCUCACUAAUUUGUUGCUGACUUUGCUCUCUACUUCCUACAGAAAGGCUUGUGUCCUGCAGCGUCAGAGGAAAGGCUCCAUGAGCAGUGAUGCAAGUGCCUCCACUGAUUCAAAUACCUACUACGAGGAUGAUUUUAGCAGCACUGAGGAGGACAGCAGCCAAGAUGAUGACAGCGAGCCCAUCCUUGGGCAGUGGUUUGAAGAGACCAUCUCCCCGAGCAAGGAGAAGGUGGCUCCCCCCCCCCCCCCCCCCCCCCCGCCGCUGCAGAGCUGCCCUCGGGUGAAGAGCCCCAGCAAACAGACUGCCGGAGAGAACGGGAACAUCCUGGCCAGCCGCAAAGAUCCCGAGCUGUUUCUGAGCCUAGCUUCAAACAUUUUGAACUUUAUUACUUCUUCUAUGCUGAACUCCAGGAAUAACUUCAUUCGCAACUACCUGAGCGUGUCUCUUUCGGAGCAGCACAUGGCUACCCUGGCAAGCAUCAUCAAGGAGGUGGAUAAAGAUGGGCUGAAGGGCACAUCAGAUGAGGAGUUUGCUGCUGCACUGUAUCACUUUAACCACUCCUUGGUGACCUCAGAUCUUCAGUCCCCUGCCUUGCAGAACACACUGCUUCAGCAGCUGGGAGUUGCUCCUUUCUCGGAAGGCCCAUGGCCUCUCUACAUCCAUCCUCAAAGUUUAUCGGUGCUAUCUCGACUUCUCCUCAUUUGGCAGCACAAAGCCAGUGCACAGGGAGAUCCCGAUGUCCCAGAGUGCCUUAAAGUUUGGGAAAGGUUUGUGGGCACACUGAAGCAGAAUGCCUUGCAGGGGACUCUUCCCGGUGACACAGAAGACCUGAAUGUUGAACAUCUGCAGCUGCUGCUGCUGAUUUUUCACAAUUUCUCAGAGCGGGGGCGCAGAUCCAUCUUGACGCUCUGUAUCCAGACAAUCCUGGAGCUGACAGUGAACAUGGAUACGCAGCUGUGUUUUGUACCACUUAUUGUGGCUCGUCUGCUCUUGGUGUUUGACUACCUGCUCCAUCAGUAUUCCAAAGCCCCUAUGUAUCUGUUUGAACAGGUGCAGUAUAAUUUGCUGACUCCACCCAUUGGCUGGGUGAGUGGAUCCCCAGAGAGCAGCAGACGAAGCUCUGUCCCACUCUAUCAUGGAUUUAAAGAAGUGGAAGAAAACUGGACCAAACACUGCUCAUCAGAUGCAGUUCCACAGCCCAGGUUCUACUGCAUCCUAUCUCUAGAAGCUUCUGAAGAUGACUUGAACCGUCUAGAUAGCUCGGUUUGCGACGUCCUUUUCGCUAGGACUAUGAAGUACGAUGAGCUUUACACAGCCCUGACCUCGCUCCUUGCAGCUGGCUCACAGUUUGAUACACUGAGGAGGAAAGAGAACAAAAAUGUCACUGCACUGGAGGCCUGUGCGCUUCAGUACUACUUCUUGAUUCUGUGGCGGAUACUAGGGAUUCUGCCUCCAUCCAAAAACUACAUGAAUCAGCUGGCCACGAACACGCCAGAAAUGAGCGAAUGUGACAUUUUACACACGUUGCGCUGGUCUUCCCGUCUGCGCAUCGCAUCCUAUGUCACGUGGAUCAAGGAGCACCUUACCAAGCAGGGAAUGAAGGCAGAACAUGCUGCAUCUCUCACUGAAUUGGCCUCAGGCAAGUGCAGCUCAGUGAAGUAUGAUGUGGAAAUAGCAGAGGAGUAUUUUGCUCGGCAGAUAUCCUCUUUCUGUGGCGUGGACUGCACCACUAUUCUUCAGCUGCAUGAAGUUCCCAGUUUACAGUCCAUUUACACCCUCGAUGCUGCAAUUUCCAAGAUCCAGGUUUCUCUAGAUGAGCACUUUUCCAAGCUAGCUGCAGAAACGGAUCCACAAAAAUCUUCGGAAAUAACCAAGAACCUCUUGCCUGCUACACUGCAGCUUAUUGACACUUACGCUACAUUUACCAGAUCCUACUUGCUGCGGAGCCUCUCUGAAGAGGGCUCCCCUGAGAACAAACCUUCUGAAGAGAAGCUGCGAGGUUAUGCUGCUGUCCUGGCGAUUGGAUCCAGCCGCUGCAAGUCCAAUACCCUGGGUCCAACACUCGUUCAGAAUUUGCCAUCAGCCGUGCAGACUUUAUGUGAAUCAUGGACCAACAUCCAUACAAACGAGUUUCCCAACAUUGGCUCGUGGCGCAAUGCCUUUGCAAACGACACGAUCCCCGCAGAGAGCUACAUCAGCGCGGUGCAGGCCGCGCACCUCGGCACGCUGUGCAGUCAGAGUCUGCCUCUUGCAGCCUCCCUCAAACACACCCUCCUCUCCCUGGUCAGGCUCACCGGGGAUCUCAUCGUGUGGUCAGAUGAUUUGAACCCACCACAGGUGAUUCAUUCUCUACUGCCCCUUCUUUUGGAGAGCAGCACAGAGAGCGUGGCAGAGAUAAGCAGCAACUCCCUGGAAAGGAUCUUGGGCCCUGCAGAAUCGGAUGAAUUCCUUGCACGUGUUUAUGAAAAACUGAUCACAGGCUGCUAUAACAUACUGGCCAGUCACUCAGACCCAAACAGUGGCCUGGAUGAGACCAUCUUGGAGGAAUGUUUGCAGCAUCUGGAGAAACAGCUGGAGAGCAGCCAGGCCCGAAAAGCCAUGGAGGAAUUCUUUUCAGAAAGUGGAGAAUUGGUCCAGAUCAUGAUGGCGACAGCCAAUGAGAACCUCUCAGCCAAGUUUUGUAACAGGGUGCUGAAAUUCUUCACCAAGCUCUUCCAGCUAACUGAGAAGAGUCCCAACCCCAGCCUGUUGCGACUUUGUGGCUCUUUGGCUCAGUUGGCUUGUGUGGAACCUGUGCGCCUGCAGGCCUGGCUAACGCGCAUGACCAUGUCACCACCCAAAGACUCGGAUCAACUGGACGUUGUUCAAGAGAACAGGCAGCUGCUGCAGCUCUUGACAACUUACAUUGUGCGGGAAAACAGCCAAGUCGGAGAAGGCGUGUGCACCGUCCUGCUGAGCACUCUCAUCCCGAUGGCAACCGAAAUGUUGGCCAACGGUGACGGGGCCGGCUUUCCGGAGCUCAUGGUGGUGAUGGCCACUCUGGCCAGCGCAGGACAAGGAGCGGGACAUCUGCAGCUUCACGGUGCUGCUGUUGAUUGGCUAGGCAGAUGCAAGAAAUACUUGUCUCAAAAGAAUGUGAUAGAGAAAAUGAAUGCCAACGUCAUGCAGGGGAAGCACGUUACUAUCCUGGAGUGUACGUGCCAUAUCGUCUCCUACCUGGCCGAUGUCACGAACGCGCUGAGCCAGAGCAGUGGCCAAGGGCCGAGUCAUCUUUCUGUUGACGGAGAAGAACGGGCUAUUGAGGUGGAUUCAGACUGGGUAGAAGAGUUGGCUGUGGAGGAGGAAGACUCUCAGGCUGAAGAUUCA